AUGGAACAAAUCAUAGCCUCGUCACAACAAAACGCUUUGGAGAAACAACAUUUAACGUUCGAAUGCAGUGUAGAGGACCUACUUUGUCUCCUCGAGUGUUCACCGCUCGCGGAGACUGCGCGAAGCCCACGAACCACGCGUGAUACCGCGUGGACCCCACGCAACAUGUGUGAUGCCGCGUGCCAGACUAAUGACGUCACGCCAUCGAUAAAGAAAACCGCUGACUCGAAGAAGCGUCACGGCAAGCGAGAACGAGCUACUUACAGAGAGCGACAGAGACUGGGAACACUGAAUGAUGCAUUUCGUAAAUUGAAAGAUGUUGUACCGAGUGCGCAUGGGCAAACGAGAAAGCUAGAUGUCCUUAAAAUGGCCUCGCAGUACAUUAAAGACAUGACUUUAAUACUGACGGAAUCUUCGGAGACAUAA